UCCUGUCUACGGCCUACAGUAAGAUGGCGGUGCAAAUAUCCAAGAAGAGAAAGUUUGUCUCAGAUGGCAUCUUCAAGGCCGAACUGAACGAGUUCUUGACCCGCGAGCUCGCCGAGGACGGCUAUUCCGGUGUGGAAGUCCGUGUCACUCCUACCAGAACAGAAAUCAUCAUCCUGGCCACAAGGACCCAGAAUGUGCUGGGAGAGAAAGGCCGUCGAAUUAGGGAACUGACUGCUGUCGUUCAGAAGAGGUUUGGCUUCCCAGAGGGCAGUGUGGAGCUCUACGCAGAGAAAGUAGCCACUAGGGGUUUGUGUGCCAUCGCCCAGGCAGAGUCACUGCGCUACAAGCUGCUUGGGGGUCUGGCUGUACGUAGGGCCUGCUAUGGUGUGCUGCGCUUCAUCAUGGAGAGUGGGGCCAAGGGCUGUGAGGUGGUGGUGUCUGGGAAACUGAGGGGACAGAGGGCCAAGUCCAUGAAGUUUGUGGACGGCCUGAUGAUCCACAGUGGAGAACCCGUCAACUACUACGUCGACACAGCCGUGCGCCACGUUCUACUAAGGCAGGGUGUGCUUGGGAUUAAGGUGAAGAUCAUGCUUCCAUGGGACCCCAGUGGUAAAAUUGGCCCUAAGAAGCCUCUCCCUGAUCACGUCAGCAUCGUGGAGCCUAAAGAGGAGAUCCUCCCCACCACCCCUGUGUCUGAACAGAAGGGUGUCAAGCCUGAGGUGCCAGUCAUGCCACAGGGUGCCCCAGUGCCCACUGCAUAAAGGUGAUCACCAGGAUUGAAAGGAGCCUAUUGGAAUUUUGUGUACAAAAUAAACAUAGAAAUACAAA